GCAAAUCAUUAAAUGUGCGUGCGCGCCCCCGCUCAACAGCGACAAGAUGGCGGGCGCCGCCGGAUCAGGCGUUAAAGUUCCACGCAACUUCCGGCUGCUGGAGGAGCUGGAGGAGGGGCAGAAGGGCAUCGGUGAUGGGACUGUCAGCUGGGGUCUGGAGGAUGACGAGGACAUGACACUCACACGCUGGAACGGAACUAUUAUAGGACCCCCAAGGACAAUUUAUGAGAAUAGGAUUUACAGUUUGAAGGUGGAAUGUGGGCCGAGAUACCCAGAGGUGCCUCCUUUCGUCCGGUUCCUGACCAAGAUCAAUCUGAACGGCGUGCACAACUCAAAUGGAGUGGUGGACAUGCGUGCGGUGUCGUCCCUGGCCAAAUGGCAGAACUCCUACAGCAUCCGCGUGGUCCUACAGGAACUGCGGAGACUCAUGAUGUGCAAGGAGAACAUGAAGCUCCCCCAGCCCCCUGAAGGACAGCUCUACAGCAACUGAGCCCACCCCACCCAGUACCCGACAACCCCCCCCCCAUCCCCCACCCCCUCCAGGGACAGCUCUACUGCAACUGAGCCGCCCCCAGCCCCGUCCCACCCCACUCCGCACCCCACGCCCCAUCUCAUGCUUCAACACCACACACACACACACACACACACACACACACACACACACACACACACACGCCCACACACACACACACGCAUGCAUGCAGGCACACACAUGUUGCACGAUUUCACUUGUGCACGACACACACACACACACACACAUGCACAUAAACGGAUACUCGACAGCCCCCCUUCCUAUCUGCGAACAUAAAUGAUAUCUACACAGACUUUUCCAAUUAAUUUGCAGGACUCUUGAAAUAAUGAAAGCAGACCAUCCAUCCAUCCAUCCAUCCUUCCAUCCUUCCAGUAGCCAGUCCAGUGUUCCUCCUCAGUAUGUUAUUCUAUUAUGCCAUGCCAUGCCCUUUCCUUCCUUUCUACAGCAGCAGCCAGAGUAGGCUCUUCCCAUACCGGAGGCCACACUGGACACAAGAGAUGGGAUGCAUAGGCGGGUGGGUGACACCUUGCUCCCCCCAAAAGCAGACCAGACCAUAUGUUAUAUGGGAAGAAAGAAAAUGCAAAGCAAAAUACUGUUCAUCUUACUAAUCUUUUUUUUUUAAGUCUUUUUUUGUUUUGUUUUCAACUUGCAGAUUGUGACAAUAACAUGAGUAAUGGUUAUUGAGAUUGGCCAUGCUGUGUUUCUGAUGGUAGGGAUGGCAGCGUUAGGUGGGGUGACACCCGCCGAGCAGACCGCAACGUGACGGAGGGAAAAGAAAUGAGAAGCAAAUACUGUACAUCUUGCUAAUGUUUUUUUUGUUUGUUUUGUUAUACAUGCAGAUGUGAAAAUAACAUAAAUAAUCUUAAGUGUG